UGUUGUAUUGCGCGUUCAGUGUGAACGUGUGUUGUAUUUAAAUUUAAAUUUAAAAAAAGAACAAUUUAUUUAAACAAAUUGUCGUCAACGAAAAAGCAAUUGUUUAGUUUUAAAUUAAAAAAAUGUAAAUUUCACGUUGUGUUGUGUUUUAAGUAAAUGAAGGUUACAUACGAUAAUUUUAAAAUCCUAUGUUAAUAUUUAAGCUGUGAAUUUUUAAAUUUCGAACGAAUAGUACCUUUGACGAUGUCUCAUCACACUUACCUUCGUAUCCUGGGCUACGUCACCACCAUAGUGCUCCACGUCUCCAACAUGGCGGUGAUGAUGACCUCCUUCCACGGGGAACCCAUGAAGAACGCCUUCGUCAGACACUUUAAUGAGAUGCAGUUCUUUUUCUUUACUUGUUGGACUUUUUUCUUCCAAACAAUAUACGCGGUAUUUGCUCUCUACACGGAUGUAUUAACUUUAAAGAAUUCAGAAAACAAAACAUUUGAACUACCCAAACUUUUGACUGAACUCAGAGACGCCUUCUUCACUAUCGUAGUCUACCCAUCAACUGUUCUGGUCUUCACGUUCUUCUGGUCUUUCUUCUACUACGACAGGAGUCUUCUCUUCCCAGCAGACAUUGACCUGGUCAUCACGAAGACUUCUAACCAUAUUAUGCAUACCUACAUAUUUCCUAUUGCACUCUGGGAGGUUAUGUUUAGGAGGAGAAAGCCUCCUAGUUCACAUUUUUGGCAUAUUUUGGGAGUAGAAGCUGUUGCCCUGACUUAUUUCUCCGUGCUAUUCUCCGUCCAUGCCGUGAAAGGAGUAUGGAUAUAUCCGAUCUUCGGCAUUCUGAGAGGAUCUGUCUACUUCUAUCUGUUCUUCUUGCUAAUUCUAGCAGCUUUACCAAUAUUGUACUCUACACAGUGGACAUUAACUUCUCUUAUGUGGGAUGGAAAAAAGAAGAAAGUUUACUGAAGAGGAAAGAAGGUGGGAGAAGAGAAAGAAUGAUCAAUAAAUAUUUGUGACACUACAUAUGUUAGAUAAUUUAAAUGU